AUGGCCUGGUUCCUGCCCAGGUUUGGCCAGGUGCUGGAGGACCCCGAGAGUGCCUGGAGCGACUGGCAGUCAGAGUACACAGCGGUGGUCUCCGGCUUUGACCAGCUGUCGGGCGCCGACUGCAUGGUGGAGGCCUUCCCGUCUGUAGGGCUGGCCGUGGUCAGCGCUCCCGACCCCCUCCAUUACUACGCCAUAUUCUCACACACCAUCGGGUCAGACGUGGUGCUGACCGUGUAUGAUGACCGCCGCUACGAGGUGGAGUGCAAGUACACCCAGACCGUGGUUGUCGCCAGCAGGCCCGUCUUCCCGCGGCUCGACAUGGCGCCGCUGGCUGCGGCGCUCAACGCCCUCGAGACAGACAUGCCGCAGCACGUGGCGUGGAGCUGCAGCCGCUUCACCGACAGCGGCCCCCUGCUGCGCCUCAACGCCCUGGGGGAGACGCUCACAAAGGCGCAGCGAUACGGCCACCCCACCGACCGGCCCUUCUACAGCAGCAGCAUACCGCCCACCAAGCUGGCCGCAGUGGUCAGAAGCUUCCUGGCGUUCGGCCUGUCGGCGGCGCCGCCGCCGCGGCGGGGCGGGUUUGAGUGGAGUGAGCUCCACGAGAUCAACGCCCACAUACCCUGGGAGUCAUGGUCCAGGGCCAUCUCUGAGCAGAACGGCAGCGGCCACCUGGAGGCGAAUGUCUUCGAAUCAGAGCGCGCCCUCGCGCGCCGCCGCCAGAGCGGCGGCCUCGCCUGCGGCAGCCGCACCCCGCCCGCCGGCAGCGCGGCCAGCCACUCGCGGACGGGGCCGUUCGCGGCUGCGGCGCCGGCUCAGGGCGGCGGCGAGAAGGGCGUCGGCGGCGGGUUCGCCGGCGGCGCGGUGGAGUUGGGGCAGCGGGCGGCCGCGCGGCGCCCCGCGGCAGCGUCUCCGCUGCCGCCUGUGCCCAGUGGAGCGCCGUGGCCACAGGCCCCCAGCGAAGCGGGGCGCUCACAGGCGGCCGGCCCGGGGCCGCUGGGCCGUGUACUGUCCGCCGGCGCGCUCAGCGCAGGCAGCGGCGGCGGCGGCGGCGCCGCGCGGCCGGGGCCGGCGGUGGCCAACGCGUCGCUGCGGGCGCAGGGGCCGGCCUUUGUUCUGCCGCACUCGUCGUCGCGGCCGGCGCUGGCGCUGCCGGCGGGCGGGGCUGCGCCGCCGAUGAGUCAGCCGUCCACGCUGCUGUCGGAGGCCGAGGUGGCGUCGAUCGCGGCCGGCGGGCUCGCAGUCAGCACGUCGGGGGACGCUUGA